UGCUAGUGCUUGCGAUAUGCGCGCGAUGAUUUUACGCUGUGCUCGCUCGGGGCCGGGAUUUCCCCCAUUUCAGGCCAGCUACGUGAGAGACCAGACAGCUACCCAUUCCGAAUUCUCGCUCUCGGGAACUGUAUACCGGUACUUAUAUUAAUGGAUAUUGAAUCCAGCCUUACCAGCCAUAGGACUGAUGAGUCAACUUAACAAGCUAUAAAGUCAAGAGGAGGUAAAACGUACAAUUUUGACCAAGAUCGAUGGAGCAUUCUUUAUUAAGAAACUGGGAAGACUUUGUUAAUGAAAAAUUGUUGCAAGGAGGUGCAGUCACCGGUAUUUCACUAGUCUCACAUCAAGGAGUCUGCUUAUAUUCCAUGGGUCUUCUUCAAGACUUUAAGAAGACAUGUGAUGAGAAGCAGAUUCUCCAUCUCUUUGAUAGUUCAAAGAAACAGAAGACACAUACACUUCAUGUUCAUAUAAGAGGUCAAGGGUCAUUGUCUUUUCAGGUUCAUCAACAGACAACUUGCAGCUUGUAUGCAGCAUCAGUAGGAAGCCAUAUUGGAUUGCUGGUAGGGAAUUUACCGCAUGGGACUCUGGCUUGUACAUACACUCAUAGAGAACCAAACACUGGGAGAGCAAAAAAGCAGUUUGAAGAGGCAUGUCGUCUGCUACGAUCAUGACAGAGCAAUCUGGUCAUUUAUGUGAGCUGGGGAACUGCUUGAUGAGCUGUGGUAAAGGUUCCUUGUGAAGGAAGCUUGAAAGAUCAUUGCUUGCAAGAAUUCAUUUCAUAUUUGGAUGUUUCGGAUGAGAAAUUAUGGAUAUUUUCCAUCUGUGUAGUGUCUACCCUUUGAAGAAAAGAAACAUGUGAUUUGAAGUUGGAUCUAGAACAUGGAGUGGAUGAUCGCCAAUUCAAGGGUGAAAUUUUGGGGCCACUGGGAAUUGAAAUGAAACCAGUGUGUAUUUACCAAUAUAUCAUUGUUCUUAGAAAUCUCCAAUGUGAUCAUUUAAUUUAAUGCAAUGUUGUAAAUUGCCAUACAGUUGUAUCACUGGUCUAAGGAUUAAUGUCACAUAGUCGAUCUUUCAAUGGGCCAGUGAAAAUUUUCUACUACAAGCAAAAAAAGCUGAAAGAAUGUAUGAAAUUACUGUAAAGCGCUUCCAAUUUUUAAAUUAUUUGAUUGGUACUUUAUGACAGGAUAUUCAGUUAACUUGGUCUUGAGAGCACAGAUUUAGAGUGUCGUUUUUGUCAUCUGUUUGGAUCAACUGAAGAUAGGAAUCCCAUUUCAUCUCUUAGUCUACCUUACCCUGCUAUAACGUGUAAUUGUAUUUUAUAAAAAAUUCCCUGUUAUUAAAGUGUACUCAAAAUUUAAACAUUGAUCAUCCCAUGCUAACUGACUGAUGAGUAGACUUGAGAACAGUGUAGACUUUAUUAUUUCAGUGUUCAAUUCAAAUAUUGAACAUAUUUCAAAGACUUUUAGAUACUUUAUGUGAUGUAUAUUGACGGCUCUUUGUAAUAAAUUUGGUUUUAAAAAUUA